AUGGCCAUCGACGGCCUCAUCGUGCUCGAGAACACCGGCAGGCCUAUCGUCCAGACCGCAUUUCGCGCAUUCUCGGCCGCAUAUCCUCUCCUCCACAUCGAUGCCUUCAUCCACGCCGUAGACAAGGCAAAGCGCAGACAGGACGUAGACCCCGUUCUCUUCGUCCCCACCUUUGAGAACGAUGCACCCAGCGCAUGUUGUCAUCUCGAACACGGAGGCCUUACUUUCUUGUGUCCCGUUAGCGGUGACAUCGAUCCGCUAUACGCCUUCGCGUUCCUCCAGACCUUCAUCGAGAUUCUCCAGGAUUAUUUUGGAAAUAUAAGCGGCCCUACCAUCAGGGACAACUUCGAUGUCGUUUACCAGCUCCUCGAAGAGACGUUGGACUCCGGAGGGCAUCCUCUCACUACGUCGCCCAACGCACUCAAAGACAUCGUCUUGCCGCCCUCACUCCUCCACAAGAUCCUUUCCGUGGCAGGUGUUGCCGGUCUAUCGACGCCCGGAGCUCAGGGAGGACACAACAUGGGCGCUUUUGCUAGUCCUAUACCAUGGAGAAAGGCAGGCGUCCGGUACAACAGUAACGAGAUCUAUUUUGACAUCGUCGAAGUGCUGAAAGCGGUCACGAACAAGACUGGAUCAGUGAUCAACAGCACUGUCCUCGGCAAGGUUGAAGCCAACUGUCACCUCUCAGGCACACCGGACCUCUCCCUGACCUUCACAAACCCGAAUGUCAUCUCAGAGCCGGCUUUCCAUCCUUGCAUACGCCUCACCCGUUUCGCCCAGUCCAAGGUGCUUUCGUUCGUGCCUCCGGACGGACAUUUUACCCUCAUGGAAUACCACUAUUCGCCGUCCGCUGCAUCACAGAGUUCCGGUUCCAAAGGAUCAUCUGCACCGACCCCGACUACCGGACCUGCGCCGAUUCCUAUUACUGCCGCUGCGCAAGCGCAGACUCAGGUUCAGAUCCCGUUCAUCGUGAAGCCCAACCUGAGAGUACAUGAUAAUGGCGGCUCGCUCGAUAUCACCGUCACGUCUCGCGCUACGACACGCACGAUAGAUGAUUUUGUCCUGGAAGUUUAUCUCGGGGAGGGUACGACGAGUGCGAGCUGUACAGUUGGUGGAGGUGCGGAAUGGACGUACAUCCCGACCAGACAAGUCCUGCGCUGGACAAUACCCAUCAUCCAUCCUUCAUCUGGUCGUUGGAACCUCCAGGGAACCUUUACAUCGUCAGCGUCAAGUCCUCGACCCUCGCGAUCCCUUCUUACAACAUUCGCAUUAUCCUCUCACCUAUUUUCAGCUUUGAAAGUAGACCAGCUGAAGGUUACGGGGGAGACGUAUAAGCCUUAUAAGGGGGUGAGAGGGAGGAGCGAGGGUAAUGUAGAAUGGAGGGUGGAUUGGCUUGUCGAUUGAGAAAAGAAGAGUCAACGGACUUCAAAGAACUGCUACUUCCAUGGUCUUUGUGCAGAAGACCACGGUAAGAUACUUACUGUACACUAUACUCCUGACUCAAGAAAAUUCGACGUCAAUCGUGAACGGC